CGAACGGCUGCAGCAGUCAAGCAACGAACUGCUAGCGAGUAAGACGCGGCAUGCUACAAGACAUCGCCUCUGCUGCAUACAAUGGUGUAGCGACAAGAAAAGUUAACGUUCUAGUUAGAAAUGGGCACCACCGUGGUGUGUGCGAUAUUGUUCGGGGCCAUCUUCGGAGUUUGUGUGUCGACUUCCCUCAGCAAGGCCCUGCGCUACCAGGCGCCUGACGAGUGCAAAUGGGUCGUGGUGGACAGCGGCACCGAAGACGACGUAGCCCUCGUCUGUCGGCUGAGGACCAUCAACAGCGAACUGGAAAACACCAAUUUCAGCGUGAUACAACCGCAACAUACUGUGCGUUUGAGACUCGAGUGUAGUGAUGCACUGUUUUUUCAAAGUUCCUUAAGUGCCGGCAGUUUUAAACCUUUAGUGGAGCUACGCGAGCUCGUUAUCGAGUAUUGCAAGAUCGGCAAUUUGUCGGACGGUGCGUUUAAAGGACUUAAAGAGCUGAGAAAUCUUACCGUGCGUACUCACAAUACUGACUGGUCUGCGAUGACUCUUGAGGUGUCGCCGAAUGCAUUCUCCGAAGAAUUACGCUUACUAGAACGGCUAGAUCUCGGAGAAAAUAACAUAUGGAAUUUUCCAGAAGGAGUUCUAUGCCCGUUGUAUUCCUUAGAACUUUUAAAUUUGACAAGAAAUCGUUUCAGGGACAUAACGACUUUUCAAUUUAGUGCUAACGGCCCAUCGGAAAAAUGCGGCACAAACUUAAAACUGUUAGAUCUAUCAAAAAAUAACAUUGAUAGAUUACCUUCCAGUCAACUGUCAGGAUUGUCCAGAUUGCAAAAGUUAUAUUUGCAGGGCAACGGUCUUUCGCAUUUGGCCGACAGGGCUCUUGAGGGACUUGGUGCGCUAAAUAUUUUAAAGCUGUCAGAUAAUCGGCUAGUUAAUUUGCCCCCGGAAUUAUUCGCCGACACGCACGACAUUCGCGAAAUGUAUUUACAGAACAAUUCCAUAAAUGUGUUGGCACCCGGUUUAUUUAGUGAACUUACGCAACUACUUGUUUUGGACUUAUCACAUAAUGAAUUAACAGCCGACUGGAUAAAUACUUCAACCUUCGCAGGACUUGUGAGACUUGUAGUUUUAGACAUUUCACAUAAUAGGAUUAAUAAACUAGAGCAAUCGGUAUUUAGAGACUUGUACAGUUUACAAAUUUUACGCUUGAACGAUAAUUUUAUAGAGUACAUUCCUGGAAAUAUUUUUUCAGACUUGUACAAUCUACACACCCUAAUAAUAUCAAACAACAAACUAACAAAAAUUGAAGCAGACACCUUCAAUGGCCUUUACGUACUAUCUUUAUUGUCGAUAGAUAAUAACAGAAUUUCUCGGAUUAAUCCGGAAGCUUUAAAGAACUGCUCCAGUUUGCAAGAUUUGCAUCUUAACGGUAAUAAACUAAUACAAGUACCAGAAGUAUUAAACAAUGUACCGUUAUUAAAAACAUUGGAUCUAGGAGAAAAUCUAAUUGAUUCGAUAACCAACGAAACAUUUGGCGAUUUAAAACAAUUGUUUGGUUUAAGACUGACUGAAAAUAAUAUUGGUAACAUAACUAAGGGGGUGUUUGACAAAAUGACUGCAUUAAAAAUUUUAAAUUUAUCGAGAAACAAAAUACAAAAAGUUGCUCCGGGGUCUUUUGAAGCAAAUAUCAACCUGCAAGCGAUAAGACUGGAUGGAAAUUAUUUAACUGACAUUGAAGAAUUAUUCGCUAAACUGCCAAGUCUAGUGUGGUUAAAUAUAUCCGACAAUCAAUUAAAAUGGUUUGAUUAUGCGUUAAUUCCAACAGGAUUGCAAUGGCUGGACAUUCAUUCAAAUCAAAUCGAGGAGUUGGGAAAUUAUUUCGAAAUCGAAUCGACUUUGUCGUUAAGUACAUUUGACGCAAGCUCGAACAAACUAACCGAAAUUACAGGAAGUGCCAUUCCCAACAGUGUAGAGGUAUUAUUUUUAAAUGACAACUUAAUAUCGAAAGUACAAUCGUACACAUUCUUCAAGAAGCCCAACUUAACGCGAGUGGAUUUAUUUGGCAACAAAAUAACCAGCUUGGAUCCAAAUUCACUGCGAAUAUCAACUGUGCCACCGGACAAGCCGUUACCUGAGUUUUAUAUCGGAGGAAAUCCGUAUCAGUGCGACUGCACAAUGGAAUGGUUGCAGAAAGUCAACGUUGGUAACCGUGCGCGUACUCAACCAAAGCUCGUUGACCUGGAGAGUAUCAACUGCCAACUUUUAUAUAAUCGGGGCCGCACAUAUGUUCCCUUGGUCGAGGCUGCUCCUUAUCAAUUUUUAUGCACAUACGAGACACAUUGCUUCGCCCUGUGUCACUGUUGUGAUUUCGAUGCCUGUGAUUGUGAAAUGACAUGCCCCAUGAACUGUACCUGCUAUCACGACCAGUCAUGGUCCGCUAACGUGGUCGACUGCUCUUCCAGCGGAUACAUUGCUAAACUUCCUGAUCAAAUACCAAUGGAUGCCACCCAACUAUACUUGGAUGGAAACGAUUUGCGGUCUCUAAGCAGUCACGCGUUUAUUGGAAGAAAACGGCUAAAAAUUCUGUUUUUAAACAAUUCUAACAUAGAGUCCAUUCAAAACCGCACAUUUAAUGGCCUAAAAGAAUUGGAAGUGCUACAUUUGGAUGGGAACCGAUUGGCCGAAUUACACGGUCAUGAAUUUGAUGGACUCGAUAGUUUGAGAGAAAUAUUUUUACAAAAUAACCGCAUUUCUCAUAUAAGUAAUACAACUUUUAACGGUUUGAAACAGUUACGAGUACUGAAAUUGGAUCACAACAGAAUGAAUAUGUAUAACAUGUGGAUUUUGCCGUCCACACUUAUUGAAGUAACAAUGGCAUAUAACCCAUGGUCUUGUGAAUGCGACUUUGCCGAGAGAAUGCGCGAAUGGGUGAUAAGAGGAGAUGCUGUGGUAGAUUCCACCAGUAUCAGAUGCAUAUACAACACUUCGGACAUAAAUUACUACAGUGAAAAAAUCUACAUGGACAAUCCUCAAAUUGGUUUUUAUAUUGUUCAAGAAAACGGUACAAGUUGUACGGGCGUAGCUAGCAUAGACAACAGCAUAAAUGGAAAUCUAACAGCGACAAAAACAAUAAUUCAAAGACAGGUUAUUCAGGACUAUUUGCCGCUAUUAGUUGUAACAUUAGCCGUGUUUGCGGUCAUAGUGAUUUUAACCUUAUUUUUCUUCAUAUUUAGACAAGAGGUGCGCGUUUGGUGUCAUUCAAAGUUCGGUGUGCGUUUGUUCCAAAGGUCAUCAGACUUGGAUCGCGAUGACAGAGAUAAACUGUUCGACGCUUUCGUAAGCUACAGUUCUAAAGAUGAGGCGUGGGUGGCUGAAGUGUUGGCUCCUGCCUUGGAACCCAAUUAUAAACUUUGUUUACACUAUAGAGACUUUCCCGUGGGUGCUUUUCUAGCCGACACGAUUGUUCAAGCGGUGGAAUCUUCAAAAAGAACUAUAAUGAUUUUGUCUGAGAAUUUUAUAAAGUCUGAGUGGUGCCGGUUCGAGUUUAAAUCAGCUCAUCAUCAAGUGUUGCGUGAUAGAAGAAGGCGUUUAAUAGUCGUCUUGUUGGGCGAAGUGCCGCAAAAAGACUUGGAUCCUGAUAUCAGACUCUAUCUCAAAACGAACGUUUAUUUACAGUGGGGCGACAAAAUGUUUUGGGAAAAGUUAAAGUACGCUUUGCCGGACGUUCAACACCAGCAACGUCAUCACGGGUCGAUUCGCGGGCCACACGUACACCACCACGUGCACCGGCACAGUGCACGCGGCCAGGCGCCCAACCCGCCAGGAGGCGGAGGAGGCGGCGGCCAACGAACAGUUGCGAUACACAUAUGACAGUAACGAAUCAAACAUUAGAGACUGUUAGUGUGAAUAAUAGAAAUAGAAAAUAAUCCUAAUGUCAGCCAAUUGUGAUACUACGUAAUAAACAGACUGUGAGUGCAAUGCGAGUGUCGGAUGUGAUAGUCAAGCCUGGGAAGUGUGAAUGGAGCCGAGCACCUGAAGAAGCCGCAGAAAGUGCAGCCGACUGACUGACCUGUGUGCAAGUGUAAUAGAUUGCGUGGAGAGAACCCAGGCUACUCCGACCCGAUGGCGGAGUCUAACUUACUACUUAACUGAUGUAAAUACGUACUUGUAUAGCUAAGUAUAGUCAAACUCAAUGUAAAACUUACUUGUACAUAUAUAAAUUUUUAUACUUUCAUAUUUAUUACUUUAGUUUCGAUAAUUUUACUUGCCAAUUGUAAAUACUGAUAUACAGACUUUUUAUACCCUGAGUGUAUGAAAUUCGAUUGUUUACUUAACAUAGCAAUGCCUUUUUAUAC